AUGGCUGAUAAACGAGUGGAGUUUGUGAUCAAAGGUGAAGUAUGUGAAGAAGCCGUAUUCAGGUGGUACAACGACGCAUGUACAGGAGGACCUGGCAAGAGAAGUGAUCUCUCAUCAAAAGCCAAAAAACAUCUGUCUGCAAUGGGAUGGAAUUUCUGGCACGCUCCGAAGAAUGGAAAAUAUGAACUCCGGUAUCAAUCACCGGGAGGAAAAGUUUUCUAUACACUCAAAGCGGCUUGCAAAGGCUAUAUCGACACGAUAUCCGGGGCCGGGAAAGGAGAAAAAGGGGUGGCUGUUGAGAACUUGGAGCCCAAGCAACCAUUAAAGAGGAAGAGUUUGUUUUCAGAAAAUCAAGCUUUUGCUGAAACUGUUUGGCCCCAAGCACGAACAAGAGAAACGAAGUUGAAAAAAGAAGAUAAUAAACUUCGUAUCGACAGAAGAUCAGGGACCAUAGGAGAAGAAAUACAAUUUGCACCUGCAAACUUGGAUACCAAGCAACUAUUGAAAAAGAAGACUUUAUUUCUAGAAAAUCAAUCUUUUGAUGGAUCUUUUCCGCCUCAACCAUCGAAAAGAGAAAAGAAGUUGAAAAAACAAGAAAAUCAAAUCAAGCCUCGGUUGAUCAAACGAUCGAGUAUAAGAAUACGAGAGGGUCCGGUGCAGAAUUCCUCUCAAGGUAAUCCUAAAACCAUUCUCUCUUGGUUGAUUGAUAACAAUGUGGUUUCAAAUCUAGGAAAAGUGUAUUACCGCAGUAAGACAGGGAUGCCAUUGAAGAAGGGAAGGAUAACUCGUUCUGGGAUUCAUUGUGACUGUUGCUUGAAGGCUUUUGCUCUAACUGCCUUUGAGGCUCAUGCUGGUAGUACCAACCAUAGGCCAGCGGCUAAUAUCAUCUUGGACGAUGGCAGUGGCAGGUCCCUUUCCUAUUGUCAAAGACAAAUUCGUGAUUCGAUGGAGAGUUCCAAGGUACAAAGCCCUGAAAAUGUGUCGAAGGACGAUUCAAAUCCACAUAUCAGUGACGAUGUUUGCUCUGUUUGUUGUGAUUGGGGAGAGUUGAUUUGCUGUGAUCGUUGCCCUUCUGCUUUUCAUGCGAAUUGCUUAGGCCUCAAGGAAGUUCCAGUUGGCGACUGGUUUUGCCCUUCCUGUUGUUGUGGCAUUUGUUGCGUUGGACCUUUAAGCAAUGGCGAUAAUUUUCAUUCUUGUCAACAAUGUGAGCGUCAAUUUCAUGUUAGGUGCCUGAGGCUGAAGGAAUCACACGAACCGAGUGAUUAUCAGACUGGGAAGAACAAUUGGUUCUGCAGCCAUAGCUGUGAAAGUAUCUUUUCUGGCCUACAAAAUCUUAUGGGAAAGCCAAUUUCGUUGGGGAACAAUCUUACUUGGACAUUAUUGAAGACUGACGCCUGCUCCAAUCGUUAUACUUAUGGUUAUAGCCUGGAUUCUUCUGCAGAGAUUCACGGUAAGUUGAAUGUUGCACUUGAUGUAAUGCAUGAGUGUUUCGAGCCUAGUAGCGAUGUUUACACAGGUAGAGAGAUAGUUCAAGAUGUGAUUUUCAGCAAAGGAUCAAAGCUGAAACGAUUGAAUUUCAAGGGAUUCUAUACCAUGAUCAUGGAGGAAAAUGAUGAAAUGGUUACUGUGGCUACUGUGAGGGUACAUGGUGAAACGGUGGCUGAACUGCCCCUUGUUGCCACCAGGUUCAGCCACCGACACCGCGGUAUGUGUCGAGUUUUGAUCGAUGAACUUGAAAAGAAUCUAGCGAAAUUGGGGGUGCAGAGGCUAAUUUUACCUGCAGUGGCUGGUGUGGUGGACAUGUGGGUUACCAACUUUGGGUUUUCUCGGAUGACAGGUGACGAAAGAUCAAAAUUUCUGCACUAUACAUUCCUAGACUUUCAGGGCACCAUAAUGUGCCAAAAACCAUUGAAAACAGAGUUGUGA